CAGAAGCAUGGGGUGGGCAGGGCUGGUUUGUACAGCGAGACCGGCGUGACUCUGGGCUGGAUGCCUCUGUGCUUAUCGAGCCCCGGCGAUAUCCUGAGCAAAGGCCGGGCCGGGGCCGUUUGUCCCGGGGCCUCCUGCCCUCCCUGAUAGACCCCAUGAAAGUUAAACAAGUUUUCUUGUUUAACCCAGGUGCUGUGGGUACCAUUCGAAGGGCAACACGCUCUGCGUGCCGGGGGCUGUGCUUUCCCGGCUCCUGCUUUCCCCGCUCCCCCCGAGGGCCGUGUUUACUCAGGCCCUUCCUGUCCUCCCACAAGUGCGGGAGCAGCGGAAGGGAGGGUUCUGCAGGGUUUUGCCGAUGGUGUUGCUCAUGUCCGUGUGUUUCCCCUCUCCUGAUCUCUCCGGGAGGGCGAGAAGCCGCACUGAGCCGCGGCCCCAGCCUCCCGCACCUCUUGGACGAGGAACCGGCUUCCCGCCGGUCCGGGGAAUGGAGCUGGAGGUACCGGCGGGACUGUAUGGACCCCGGGGGAAUGUUCUCUGUCGCCUUUCACCGUUCUCAUGCAAUCACAUUUCUGCCCGUUUCCAUGGCUGGUGCUGGCAGGACACGCUGGCCCCCCGUGUGCUGCACUGGGGGGGCUCGGGGAGCCCCGAGUUCCCCCGUCCCUGCCUCCUCCGGGCCGUCCCGCGGCGGAAUUCUGUCCUGGAAAUGUCUACGAAUUCCCCCUGCGGCUGAGAGAGACCCGGGCAGCCUGAGCCCGUUCCCCGGGGGCCGCUGCGCUGCCGGGACGCUCCCCGGCCCGAGGCACCGGCGCUGCCCGGUCUCGCGGCGCCCCCGGCCGGCCGGAGCGGGUCCCGGUCAGUCCCGGGAGCGCCGGGCUGAUGGAUGGCGGGGCCGCCGCGGCUCGAUUGCCCCGGUGGUGCGGAGCCGUCACGGGUGGAAAACGAGAGACUAGAAACACCUCGGAGCCGCACGGUCCCGCUGCCCCGAGCAGGAGCUGCAAACCCGGUCCCUGCUCGGGCACCCGGAGCGGGCGGGGAGCGGGCCCGGGGCUCGGGGAGCGGCUGUCCCCAGCCGGCUCGGGACAUCCCUGCUCCAAGGGGCCCAGACCCGCCCGCCCCGCGGAACCGGCCCCGCUCCGCUCGGUGGCCGGUAACCGAUCGGGCCCGGCCCCCGCCACCGGCACCGCCCAGCGCCGCGGGGCCGUGAGAGGCGGGACCGGCGGCGGGCGGGACCGUACCGGAGAGGCGGGGCCGGCGGCGGGCGGGACCGUACCGGGAGAGGCGGGGCCGGCGGCGGGCGGGACCGUACCGGGAAAGGCGGGACCGGCGGCGGGGCAGGCAGCGGCGAUGGCGGUGCGGCGGGGGCCGGAACCGGGACCUGAACCGGGACUGGGGCCGGUACCGGGGCUGGCGCUGCCGUUCCUGCUGCUGCUGGCGGCGACGGCGGGGCGAGCGGGGGACGCGCGGCAGGAGGAGGCGGUGCGGGCGCUGGCGCGGCGCCUGCUCGGCCCGCGGGCCGCCGCCGUGUCGCUCUCGGUGGACCCGGCGCUGGCGGCCGGCGGGCCUGACAUCUACCGGCUGUGGUUGCCUCCCGGCGCCGGGGUGGCCGUCGCCGUAGCGGGCUCCAGCGGCGUGGCGGCGGCCGCCGGUCUCUAUCGCUACCUGCGAGACUUCUGCGGCUGCCACCUGUCGUGGUCCGGGGCGCAGCUCCGCCUGCCAGACCCGCUGCCGCGGCUGCGGGCCGAGAUCCGCGCCGCCGCCCCCGGCAGGUACCGCUACUACCAGAACGUCUGCGCCCAGAGCUACUCCUUCGCCUGGUGGGACUGGGCGCGCUGGGAGCGGGAGAUCGACUGGAUGGCGCUGAGCGGCAUCAACCUGGCACCGGCUUUCGCGGGGCAGGAGGCGGUCUGGCAGCGGGUUUAUCGUAACCUGGGGCUGAACCAGUCGGAGAUCGAUAAGUACUUCACGGGCCCCGCGUUCCUGGCCUGGAACAGGAUGGGCAACCUCCGCCGCUGGGCCGGGCCGCUGCCGCCCGCCUGGCACUUCAAGCAGCUCUACCUGCAGUACCGGAUCGUGGAGCGGAUGCGCUCGCUGGGGAUGACCACGGUGCUGCCGGCCUUCGCGGGCCACGUGCCGCAGGGCAUCCUGCGGGUCUUCCCACGUGUGAAUGCCACUCGCCUGGGGCACUGGAGCCACUUCGACUGCACCUACUCAUGCAUCUACCUGCUGGACCCAGAGGACCCCAUGUUCCAGGUGAUCGGGACCCUCUUCCUGAAGGAGCUGAUCAAGGAGUUUGGCACAGACCAUGUCUAUAGUGCAGACACCUUCAACGAGAUGACCCCCCUCUCCUCCGAGCCUGCCUAUCUCUCCAGAGUCAGCAAUGCCGUUUUCAGGUCGAUGACAGGAGCUGACCCCAAGGCGCUGUGGCUGAUGCAGGGCUGGCUCUUCCAGCACCAGCCUGACUUCUGGCAGCCAGCACAGGUGCGGGCCCUGCUGCACGGAGUGCCCCUCGGCAGGAUGAUUGUUCUCGACCUCUUUGCCGAGUCCAAGCCCGUCUACCAGUGGACAGAGUCCUUCUAUGGGCAGCCCUUCAUCUGGUGCAUGCUGCACAACUUCGGGGGCAACCACGGCCUCUUCGGCACCGUGGAGGCCAUCAACCAGGGCCCCUUCGCAGCUCGACGCUUCCCCAACUCCACCAUGGUGGGCACGGGGCUGGUGCCCGAGGGCAUCGAGCAGAACGACGUGGUGUACGAGCUGAUGAACGAGCUGGGCUGGCGGCAGGAGCCCCUCGACCUGCCCAGCUGGGUGACCCGCUACGCCGAGCGCCGCUACGGCGCCCCGAGCGCUGCCGCGGCCGCCGCCUGGCGCCUGCUCCUGCGCAGCGUCUACAACUGCACCGGCGUCUGCGUCAACCACAACCGCAGCCCCUUGGUGCGCCGGCCCUCGCUGCGCAUGGACACGGAGCUCUGGUACAACGCCAGCGACGUCUACGAGGCCUGGCGCCUGCUGCUGAGCGCCGGCGCCGAGCUGGGCUCCAGCCCCACCUUCCUCUACGACCUGGUGGACGUGACGCGGCAGGCAGCCCAGCAGCUGGUCGGCGACUACUACCUGAGCAUCCGCCAGGCCUUCCAGAGCCGCGCGCUGCCCGAGCUGCUGACGGCCGGCGGCGUGCUGGUGUACGACCUGCUGCCGGAGCUGGACAGCCUCCUGUCCAGCCACGGCCUCUUCCUCCUCGGCCGCUGGCUGGAGAGCGCCCGUGCCGUGGCCACCAGUGACCGGGAGGCUGAGCAGUACGAGCUGAAUGCCCGCAACCAGGUGACGCUCUGGGGGCCCAGCGGGAACAUUCUGGACUACGCCAACAAGCAGCUGGGUGGGCUGGUGCUGGACUACUACGCUGUGCGCUGGAGCCUCUUCGUCUCUGUGCUGGUGGAGAGCCUCAACUCGGGCCGCCCCUUCCACCAGGACCAGUUCAACCAGGCUGUCUUCCAAGUGGAGAGAGGCUUCAUCUACAACAAGAAGCGCUACCCAGCUGUCCCAGCUGGGGACACGAUGGAGAUCUCCAGGAAGCUGUUCCUCAAGUACUACCCCAGCGCCCUGCGGCGCAGCUUGGCCGGGCCUGCGUGACUUUGGGUUCUGCCUCGGAGCCUCCUGCAGAGAGAGUGGACAGAGCCCCUGCAUCCUCUCCCCCCGGGCUCCUGGCCUGAUGGCUGUGUCCUGGAGGAGGGGCACAGUGGCCCUGGUGGCCCUCAGCCAGCCUGGAUCCACCCAUUUUUCUGCAAGGGCAGGAUGUGCCCCAAGAGGGGCAGGCACGUGGACAAGGGGCUGGCAGAUGGGUGGGGGGAGGCUGUGCUCCAGGGUCCCAUCCCACACCAUGCUUUGUGCUCAGCUCUGCCCUGAGCCUGUUCCCAGGAAACCUGAGCUGCCCCGGUGCUCGCAGCUGGAAGCUUGGUGGGACACUGCAGAGGGACAGGACAAAUGUGUCCCUGCUGUGGGGCCUUGGCUGGCUAGCAGGGGCAGUGAUGGGGGAGAAGCAGACAGGGAGGCCAUCGGCAGAGGGGCAGGGCAGUGUUGGACCUCAGUGCCUGUGGGGUAGGCCUGCAUGACCCUGCCCACAUUUGGUGCCUUUUGUAUCAUAAAUUUUGCAGUGUUGUCGCCUUCAGUGCUGCUGGAGCUGGCGCUCCCCAGGACGGAGGUUUUGAGGCCUUUUCCACAGCUGGGGCUUGGGCAGAGCCCAGCCGUGGAGCCAAUACAGACUUUUCUCCCAUGUUUGUCCAA